AUGCUCGAUCUGGUUACAUCUAUUGCUAGCUUCGCCUACCAGACCUUUUUGAUCUACAACGGCCUGGGAGAUGAUGCCAAAGAUCUCGCGAAAGAGAUCAAAAGUAUCUCAGGGAAAACAAGCACAUGUAAAAAGGUCUAUGAGCGGGUCUAUUCAGGGGCGAUUCGGGUCUCCUUCCCCGAGCAGUUGCAGCGAAGAUUGAUUACCAGUUUGGAAAGAUGUCAGAAGACGUUGUCAGAAGCUGAGGAGAAGUCAAACAAGCUUCUCAAAAGUCGAAGCCGCAUACUCCUCCAAGUUCUAGACCCCGAUGAGGUGAAAAGGUUGAGGGACAAUUUGCGGUCGAGAGACAAAGACCUGCGAUCAGUUGUGGAGGACAUCCACCUGGAGAUAGGCGCCCAAACACUCAAAGACGUGCGCCAAAUAAAAGACAUGUCCUACCAGACCAAGAAUAUCUCCCGCCAAGCAAGAGACACGGCCGACCAAACAAAAAGAAUGACCUCCAAAUUACAAAGUGACGUCCAAAAAAACGGCACCGUAGCCUGCCAAACACAGGCCACUGUCCUCAAUAUCGAAUCCCAACUCAAAAAACUCAUCAAGGCAUCCUGCGCACCGAGUCCAGGACGCAAUUUGCAGAUUGGGUUCCGCCAUUGUGACCCCGAUCAAUCCGACAACAAAAUUGCUCUUGUCAGCUUCCUGCUCGAUGAGGGGGCUGAUCCAAAGCUUACCACUGAAGGUGCUCAGUCAACAUCCCUACACCUCGCUGCCUACAACAACAACGUGAAAGCACUGAAGGCUAUUAAGAGAAGCUUGGUGCCGGAGGACGACGGACCUGCUGAUGCCAAGACACUCGCAGCUCGAGCUACAAAGCUUCCUGUAUUCACCAAGGAACAAGAGGUGACGACACUACCCCGUCGACCUUCAACUUCGAUGAGUACGGUGUUAACCGUGCAGCGCUAUAGACGUCACAAAAAGGAAUGGAAGAGUCUCCUAUAUAAGGCCAACAAGAACGGUAGGAAUGUCCUUCACAUGGUUGCUUGGGGGGCAGCACCUGAGGCGGCCGAGUUUUUGGUUAGCGAGAUUGUGAGAGAGAGGCUAAGUGAGCGGUUGGUUAGGGAGCAGGACGACAAGGGAAGAACGCCUUGGGAUGUCUUGUCUGGAAAAUUUUUCAGGGGGGAUAAGGAUGGAAGAGUGUUCAGGAAGAUGAAGACUGCGUUAGAAAAGGCGGGUGCCCACUUGGCUGCAGCUCAAGAGAAGGAGCUAGCAAAGGAGGUACAGGCUAAGGCGAUACCUCAAGUCGACGAGCAACAUGAAGAAUGCGUCAAAGACCACUCCACGCCAGCAACCACGCCGGAGCCCGCCUCGAAGCAGGUCUGA